GCGUCGAACGGAUGUUGUAUAUGCGGCUGCCUCUCGCUCCUUCUGCACACCACACAGCUGCUGCGCUCGUGGCUGCCGCCAUCGUGACAAUCUCGACCUCGGGUCCGGCCACCGCGCUCGAUCUUGCUGCGCCGGACGUUUCCGGCGUGGCCUCGUCGUUUGCCGCACGCAUUCAGAGCAAUAUCCAGAAGGGCGACUUCCAGGAGCGUAACGCGCGCUUUCAAGAGCGGCUCGGUGACAUCCAAUCGACGGCGGCGGCGCUGAAGGAGAUGGACGCGGCGGCUCUUCAGCAGCAGACCAAGGAGGCGCUCAGCUCGUCUGCGGCGCAGUACAUGCCAAAGGUCGACGCUGGCUCCAUCACGGGUGCGGCGCGCCCUGUCGACGUCGCGGCCAAGGCGACCGCCGCAAAGGAGGCGCUGGCGGCGGCGGCCGAGCGGAACCUUGCUUCCCUCUCCACCGACUACGAGGCCAAGGCGGCGCGAACGGCCGAGGCGACGGCGAAGCUCUCCGCCGGCGUCGCAGAGACGUCGGCGGCGACCUCGUCGACAGUGCGCGGCAACCUCGGCCGUUCCUUCGACGAGCUUCGCAGCGACGCGGCCUACACGCCCGCGAGGUUGAGCAAGGCCGCCGCCAAGGCCGCCGAGGCGACCGAAAGCCUUGCGUCCGCGCCAGAGGCGGCAAGGGAGGCGACGGCGCAGCUGGCCGAGACGACAGCCUCUUCUGCACAGGCUGCGGCCGCCAAGGCCGCGGCGGUCGCGGCGCGGUCGGCCGAGCUGGCGCAGGACGCAGCCGGCCGCACCGCCGCCUCGGUCAAGGCUCCAGACAUCGACGCGCCCGAUGUGGACGUCGCGGGCAAGGCGGCCGCCGCAAAAGAGGCGCUGGCGGCGGCGGGGGAGCGAAACCUGGCCUCCCUCUCCGCCGACUACGACGCGCGCGCGUCUCGCACCGCCGCGGGCGUCGCGCGCAUCGCCACCGCCGCAGCCACCACCGCGGCUGCGGCGCCGUCGGUACUUCCGGCCGUCGACGCGUCGGACCUCGGCGAAGCCACCAGCGACGCGGCGGCGGCGCUCGGGGAGGCGGCCAAGGAGUCCGCGACCGCGUUUGCCGCGCGCGUGCAGGACAACGUCGGCAAGACUGACUUUGCCGCGCGCAACGCGCGCCUGCAGGAGCGGGUGGCGGGUGCCCUCGCGCAGCCCUGAUGGCGGACCAUGGUGGGUCCGGCGCCACGUGCGCUGUUCAAGCGCAGAGCAGCAGGUCGGUCCCCUCCUCCUGCUGCAGCGAUGUGCUUGAUUGACGCACUGGUCGAUCGACCACUUUGGCUAUCCUCGUGCGCCUGCUCGUACGCCUCGUAAGAGCUGGCGCACAAGGGCUCUUGUGUGCCUUUCCGCGUUGGGUGCCCCGUGCCUGUGCCCCAUGUCUCCACGCUACUUAGUUUGUGCGACACCCCUCCCCUUGCGCUCCCCUCCCUCCUUCCCGUGUCCCGGCCAACGCCAUGUGAUCGCAGUCCCCGCCCCCCGGUAGAGCGUGUGUAUGCGGCGCCUGUGGCAAGUGCCGCGUUCGAAUCGCCUUAAAAUAAAGCAAGGC